CAAAGGCGGUGGGAAGACAAGGAAGUUGACUCAACGAAUCAAGUGGCAGAAGGAUGCAAUCAUAGUGGAUGUAGUCGACAACUUUAUUUGCACCACUUUCUGCAAAUUUCUCAACAUUGCGCAUUUGGCUACGACCUGCAAGGCAGACAGUCCAAGAUAUUUCGUCUGUUUAAAUUAGUUGAUUAAAGCAACAGUAUUGUCUAUUUAGUUGCUGUUUUGAAACCUAUGCAAUUAUUUCAUAUUUCACAUGAUUUCCACUUUUAUCAAUAGGGCUAUUGAGCUCUCAUUUGUACUGCGGCCGGUAGCACUUGCACGCCUUGCCAAAAUAAUGUGAGCAUUUGGAUUGUAUUUCACAAAAAAAGGGAAACGUGUCGCUGUAAUGAAGUUAAUAUGAACAUUUCGAAUAGUCUGCAAUGGUAACCGGGGAAUGUGGAACAACCAUGCAUCGAAUUCUGCGGAGGAGAAAAGUGCGCAAACUUCGCUUCGUCUGGGCAUUCAUGGCCAUGGUGGCUCUGUCGCUCUCCGCCUGCAGCGCACUGUUUACGGCGUGGACCUGGAGACAGACGCGGGACCUGUCCCAGUCAUUAAAAACUCUGCAAGACCGAUUGGAGCAGGUGAAUACUCAGCGGAAGGCCAUUGUCCAACUCAUCAUGGAGAAGAGAGAUUUGCUGGUGGGCCAAAGGGUGAAGAGAGAUGGGGGAACUGGGAAAGGGAAGAAUGGACAUGGAAAGAAAGUGGCUUCUCAGUUUGAGAUAACCAAAGAGUCUGUUCAGAAAGUGGGAGAGGACGGCUUGAUAAAAGGAUGGACGGACUCCGAGCACUUGAAUAUGAGCAAGGCAGUGAAGUACAAUGCAGACAGAGGCAUCUUCACAGUUGAAAGAACGGGAGUCUACUUCCUGUACUGUCAGGUGUUGUUCAAUGAGAACCAGUCUCAGCUGGUGAAGCUGGACGUGGCGGUGGUGAGGGGGAGCCAGCGGCUUCAGAGGUUACAGUGCAUGGAGGGCUACGGGACCACGCCUGCAGCCGGAUCACACCAGUUCCACUUCCUCAAACCCUGCCAGGUGUCCGGCCUGCUGCGGCUGGAGAAGGGGGUGGAGCUAAAAGCCAUCACAGGCCCCGCUUUCAACCUCCACAUCACGGGAAAGCAUUACUUCGGUCUCUUUAAGGUCAACUGAGCUACCGGAGAGGAUGGGCAUUUUAAAAGGAAGGAGGAGAAACCUGUUUUAAAGGAAGUGUUUUGUCUUAUUCCGACCUGUAUUGAAGAGACACACCAAUGUGAUAUUUCCGGAUUCGUUUUUAUUGUGAAAUCUGGACCAACGAUCUGAAUCGUUGGAAUAACUAUGAAUCAUGUUACCUAUAGACACUCUGUAUGAUACCUUUUCAAAGACAGAAACUACAAGGAAGACUUAAAGUGAAACUAUAUUAUGCACUUCUGGACUCUCCAAGAGUUUCUACCCCUGCUUCUUUGAAGAUUUAAAACUAAUGGAAUAUUCUCUGAUGGAGCUCUUUUGGAGCACAACACAUCCACCUGACUCUUCUUUCACCGUGACUUGGCCUGAAGACUGCGGGGUGCACCUCUCUGAGGAGCUCCGCUGGUGGACUACUGAAUGAGAAGGAUUUUGGAUAAUGAGCUCUACAACUCUUGUCUCUUUUCCAUUGUAAUCCUAGCUUAGGUUAUUUCAGUAGCUUGGAGAUAAUAUAAGAAGCCCGAGUAUUCACAAUACUUGUUCUCAUUCCAAAGCGCUCUUACGUGCCAUUUGCAGCAGUAUGUUUUGAAUACAGACAGUACAAACAAAGUAUUUCUAUCAGGUGGUUUGGUUUAAUGUUUCACCACUCCUACUCUGGUUUAUAAGUAGUAUGUGGGGGACCACAUUGGUUUCCACUCAGCAAUUUCCACACGUGCACGCACGCACGCAUGCACACACACACACACAGCAAAAGUCAAGUUAUUAUGGUUUCCAGCUCUAAACGUCAUUUCUCAUCAUUAGAUCAAAAGUGUCAAAUGUGGUUUUGUAAUGUAUACAUAGUUCCUGUUUGAUUUCCUAAUCCUUCUCUGCUUCCCUUUUGUGUUUACCCACUUUGCACUACCCCUCACACACACACACACACACACACAGCUCUUCAACUCUCACUUCCUGAUUCCGAUCUUGAACCAAAUAGCUGAAAGCGUUUGAUGAAAAACAUGUCGGGCACUUCCCUCCCCAAUUCCUUUUAUUUCAAAUGUCAAAGUGUAUUGCCACUUUAAAAAGCCUUAUUUUGCACAAUGAGGCCUUUCGCUGAGAAGUCUAACAAGUAGGGCAAGGUUGAAGAACCAGUGAGGGGAUAUUGUGUAUAUACAUGUUUGUGAAAUGAUGUCUGCAACGCUGGUUGCUGUUCUAAACUCACUUCCUAUAAAAAUGUUAACCUUUAAAACCUUU